ACAUUGCAGACACUUAGCUUUCAGGAUGACUUUGGAUCCUUGUCCUGCCUGUAGAUCAGUGCUGGGAACUCAGUCUCCUGGUGCUUGGAAGCCUGAUUCAGAUUGAAGACCACGGUGCAUGGGGAGGGAUUUCACAGUGGUGUAUGUCUUUAUAUUUUAUCCUCACAACAACAACCCCAUAAGGUAGGCUAGGCCGAGAGAGUGUGCAGUUCUGGAGGCCCCAUUUCAAGAAGGAUGUGGACAGAACGGAGCGGAUGCAGAAGAGAGCCCCAAGGGUGAAGCUGGAAGGAUCAUGCGGCAGCGCCGAGGCUACAUCCGAGUGCUGGCUCCGUUCUGUAUCCUGGUCAUCUUCCUUGUGCUCACCCUGACCGCUUCCCACAAGCCUGUCAUUGUGGUCCAUGGCCUCUUCGAUAGCCCUUCCGACUUUGGAAUCCUGUUGGACUUUAUCAAUGAGACCCACCCAGGAACCAACGUGACGGUUGUUGAUUUGUUUGACCGCACUGAGAGCCUGAAACCGCUUUGGAUGCAAGUGGAAGGGUUCAGAAAAGCAAUGUACCCCAUUAUGCAGAAUGCUGUCGACGGGGUCCACCUCGUCUGUUACUCACAAGGAGGACUGAUCUGCCGCGCCCUCCUCUCCACAAUGCCCGAUCACAACGUGGACACCUUCAUCUCUCUCUCUUCCCCGCAGAUGGGGCAAUACGGGGAUACCAAGUACCUGAAAUGGCUGUUUCCCCAGCACAUGAAAUCCAAUCUGUAUCGUUUGUGCUACACACAACUGGGCCAGGAUUUUUCUAUCUGUAACUACUGGAACGAUCCACAUCAUCGAGAUCUUUACCUCAACAACAGCAAUUUCCUGGCCUUGUUGAAUGACGAAAAACUGAAUCCCAACGCUACAGACUGGAAGAAGAACCUUCUGCGGAUUCGGAAAAUGGUCCUGAUUGGGGGUCCGGACGAUGGCGUCAUCAUGCCAUGGCAAUCCAGCAUGUUUGCCUUCUAUGAUAAUAACGAGACAGUGAUGGAUAUGACGUCCCAAUUGGUCUACCUCCAGGACACUUUUGGUCUGAAGACCCUGGAUGCCCGCGGUGAUAUUGUUUCCUACAUAAUGCCUGGUGUCUCCCACACAUAUUGGCACUCCAAUCGCACUGUCUAUGACAAAUGCAUCGCCCCAUGGCUGACGUAGCUGAUGGGUUGCCAGAGAAGAGGAAACGGAGGAAAGAGCCCUCCAGGGAGACGUGUGACAUUCUUACCUCGCCUUGGUACUUCUCCUCCCACAGAGAAGAGUCCCUAUUUGUUACCCAUAGCUUUUCUAAGAUGGUUGACAACUUUCUUUCAUAGUGGAAGAAGCUUUUCUGUGGAAAUUUGGGGGUGGGGGCCAGCAGCUCUUUGGUGGAUUCUGAAAGUGCUGCAUUGUGGGGACAGGAGGCAUGGCUCUUUCCCGCUCUUUUUAUCAGGUUUGAGCUAUCCAAGCUACAGUUGGGAUUUCUUUGCAGAGAAGGAACUGCAAAAAAGGAACUGUUCCACAGGAUGUAAUAUCCAUUGGACUUCUUUUUUCUUCUUCUUCUUAAGAAGCUGAAUUUGGCAGAGACUCUGAGAAGAAGGAAUUUUAUUCUAUUUAAAUGUUGAUCCAAGGCAGAAACCGUAUUUUUUGUUCCCAAACUGACAGAAAUGUAUACGGAAGUUGUAGAAGUCCUUCUCUUUCUACCUACCCCCUCCAGUUGAAAUUUUAUGCCCUGAAAACUUUGCCACAAACUCUGAGGGAGUCUUUUACAUUGUUCAGAUCAUGGCUCCCCUUCCCCCUAAUCCCUUUUGACUUUAGUAACCUCAGAGUAUAGUUAAUUGAAUUGUAUGUCUAAAUUGACUGAAAUAUUUUACCCAAUUCCCCCUCCCCUUCUAGAAGCACACUUUCAGGAUCUCAGGAUGAUGAAAGAAAAUUGAUUUACACCAAGGAAUUUCAUAGCCAGUUCCACCUGUUUUAAAAAAAAAACCCUGUCUACUUUUAAGGGACAGCUGCUGAUUUGAGGGGCUUCCUCGAGGGGAGCCCCUCAUUCUUGAAGGGAAAACUAUAGAGCUUCAUGCUUUUGACAGUAUUACUUCUCUUUCAUCCAGGUAUGGCACAACCUAAGCAAUAGGACUCAGGUUUUAACUUUAACCUCAAAAUGGGGUAAAGAGAAGGGAAUCCUGGGGAUUCCAGAUGGUUGCAUCUUAAGUUGAGCUUGGCAGGACUUGGGAUAAUCUUUUGUAGUCUGAAACUUUAUUCUUGCAAAUAAAGAAAGCGUAGAGGUGUUGCGUAA